ACGAAUAAGAAACAGCUGUCGGCGCAGGUUAUUUGCGCAUGUUGAGGAAAACAUAGCAUGAGUUCGUGCUACUACAGUCUUUUCUUUGCUAUAAUAUCUUGAAUUCCAUUACACGUUUAUCUAAAAUGCCGCCAAAGGGAAAAGGUGCUAAGGGUGGUAAAGGGGCUGCUUCGGGAAGUGCAGACACCGACAAGAAAGAAAAAGCACCAAAGGGAGGAACUGCUGUGAAGGUACGGCACAUCCUCUGUGAAAAACACGGGAAAUGCAUGGAGGCGAUGGAGAAGCUGAAGGCUGGAGUCCGUUUCAGUGAAGUAGCGUCACAGUACAGUGAAGACAAAGCUAGACAAGGCGGUGAUCUUGGGUGGAUGACACGUGGAUCAAUGGUUGGACCUUUCCAGGAUGCAGCAUUUGCCCUACCUAUCAGUUCCAUGGAUAAACCUGUCUACACGGACCCUCCUGUCAAGACAAAGUUUGGGUACCACAUCAUCAUGGUAGAGGGGAAAAAAUGAUGUGGGCCUCAGCGCUUGAAAUUAGGACAUAAUAAUUCUACAGUCUGCUAUUUUGUGACACUGAUUGUUUACUGAUCCUAUGGUCUCAAAUCGAUGGUUGCUCUAUAUUUUACAAAAAUUGAAGAGUAAGAAAAUUAAAACAUCUUCAUGUGUC